AUGGAUAUUCAAAAUAGGAAUAAAUUGUUACUUGAUCUUUAAAAUAGUUUAUUUCUUCCUCCAUUUAAUGAAGAAGAAUAUUCAACAUGCACAACAGAUCAUUAGAAAUCAAUCAAAGAAAUCUAAGAAAUUUAUAAGUAUUUACAUCUCAUCAAUGUUUAGACUUCGUAAUGAUCCUGAAUUAGCUGAUAAAAUUAAACCUAUUAUUUCAUUAAAAAUAAAAGAUGUUGAAAGAACAAAAAGAGUAUAAUUAGCUUAUCUAAUGCAUAGAGUAAUUUUGAUAAUAAAAAUUAUUAGAUUAAUAAAAUAUAGUCUUAGUAUUUUAUGGAUUCUGGCUAAUUAAGUAGUGAUCAUUUAGAUUAAUUAUCUAAAAAUGAAAAAGAUUACUAUAAAUUUUUUGAUUAAUUAGUCAAAAAAUAUGAAAAUGAUAUUGAGACUAAAGUUAGUUAAGUAAUUAUCAAUUAUUUAAAUAUAUUAGAAUAUAAUACCACCAUCCGAAGUAUUUAUUGAAGUAAGAGUGAUAAAAUAAAUUGGAAAUAUCAUUACAUAAGAUGGGGAUGAACUUGAUUUAGAAGAAGGAACAUAAUAAUUAGUAAAGAAAUCAGAUGUUAUUAAAUUUCUUUAAGAAGGCUCUCUUGUUUAAAUAUGA